GGCCUAAAUAUACCAUGGAUUCGUUUGCUCUAAUAAAUCUCAUUAAAGACCCUCCGUCAGAUCUAUAUCACUAACAAAGUGAAUCUCAUCUUAGCUACUGUAACACCAAUGAACAGAUGGUAGGUGCCUGCCCUUAUGUUGACACCCGCCUAUAAGCAGCCGUCCGCUCGGACCCGGUUCAAUAAGCUAUAGCAGCAAUUGUUGUUUAGCAAAAUAUACAAGGUUUUUCAUCAGGAUUUCACCUGUCACGAAUUUUAGGAUACAUGCUUACAAUUAUACCAUAGCACUUUUUGAUUAUAUGAAUUUCUGAGUAUUUAUAGAAUGAUUCCCGGUUAAUAACCGGGAACCAUUAUAACUUGUAGUUUUGUGCGCAGAUUCGUUUGCCAAGCAAUCGAUUGACUUAGCAGGAUUUGACACGCGACAAACAGUAGGCCCAUCGGAAUGUCAACAGUAACAGCUCCGGGCGAAUUUCUCAGGCAUGAUAUGCGUGCAUUUUGAUUUAUAUAUCUCUAUUUUUUCUCUUUGUUGAUCUGUUCUUGAAUGUAUUAAAAAUAUCUGAAGUACCAAAAAGAGCGUGGUAAUGGCUGUAACUGGAGGAUGCAAUAACUGUGUAAAAUACCUUUUGUUCUUUUUCAAUUUCAUUUUCUUGUGCGUUGGUAUCGCAAUCGUUGCUGUUGGUCUGUGGCUUCGGUUUGACCACCAGAAUGACAUCUACGUGCAGCAGAUCAGAGCAGCUGACACUACCGUAGAGAUCUACUACAUCGGGACCUAUAUCACCAUGGCGACAGGAUGCGUUGUCAUGGCAGUUGGCUUUCUUGGAUGCUGCGGAGCAAUGCAAGAAAGCGUCUGUAUGCUUGUAUUUUAUUUCAUCGCCCUAUUGAGUAUAUUUGGUUUGGAGAUAGCCGGCUGUACAUGGUGCUAUGCUAAUCGUGAACAAGUUGGCGAGAAAAUCAGCGUUGAAUUUAGCAAAAUAAUCAAAGACAGAUAUAAACAAAAUGAUAUUGCGGCACAGAGAGCGGUCGAUUUUGUACAGGAGAAGUUUAAAUGUUGCGGUAUUGAUGGGCACAUGGACUGGUUUGAGUCAGGUCAAGAAAUCCCAGAUUCGUGUAAUUGUAAUACAACUGAAGGAAAAUCGGUUUGUUCAGAGAGAGGAUUUUACACAAACGUACGUUUUCAUCGAUAGGCCUAUUUGUAUUUUGUAUUCUCCAACAUUAGAAUGAGCGCAGAGUAGAGGUAUAA